AACUAACCUCACGACGGCUGUUUCUAUGUGCUAGAGCGAGAGCGACUGAUGUUUUCACUCUGUUGCCCUUACAGACCUAAUGGACGAGGCGAAUUGAUGGAAAUAAAAUAUGAGAAUGUGUUAGUGCGUUUGUCCGUACCUUUGAACAUAUGAGCCAAAGAAAAAGAACAAGAAAGGAGAAGUUUGGUAAAAAGAACUUUGUUUACCAUUCUGCUUCGGUAUUUUGGACAGUGAAGAACUAAAUCUGGUGCUCAAAUAUAAUUGUUACAGUGUAUUAAAGGUGUGUUAGGUGCGGGAACAAUAACCAAAACAAAAAUAAGUGAUUUUAUAAUAAAUUAAUAAAUAAUUAAAGCAUGGAUGCUCAACAAGUGCGUCGCAGUAAACAGUACUACCGGCGUAAAGCCAAAAUAGCGGCAGUUAUGCGUACAAGGGAAUGUACAUGUCGGUGCACUUGUGUGGAUGGUUUACCUACUUCUGUGAAUGGUAUGUGCGAUGUGGAAUCGACAGUGAAAUUGUAUCACAACAUAAAUUACAUGUGUGUAUUUAUUUGUGUUUUGCAGAGCCUAGAACCGAAGCAGCUGCUUCAAGUGAUGCUGAACCUUAUCCUUUCUCUGAUGAGUCGGGCGCCAUUGAAGAGAACGCGGACAUUCCACUGGAUGAUGUGGUAUCAGAUGACGACGACGACGACGAUAUCAACACCGAAGAAUCUUUAGAGUUUGAUUUUAGUCAACGCUCCAUGGAAGCCUGCUUGCAAUUUUGGGCUUUAAAAACAAACACGCCUCAUACAUCGAUCAACAUGAUAUUGAGAAUCAUCCGAGAAAAAACUUCUUGCGUUGUGCCGAAGGAUGCUCGUACUCUGCUACACACUAGCAGGGUACCAAAAGAAAUUGUUGCUGUUGAAGGGGGUCGUUUUUGGUACAAUGGAGCUGCUAACUGCCUCAAUAUCCGAUUCAGUGGAAAUCAACUAGGAAACGUUACCGAGCUUAAGCUAAAAUUCUUUGUCGACGGAUUGCCUCUACACAGAAGCAGUGAAACCACAUUUUGGCCGAUUUUAAUGUCUAUCGAGGAUAUGUCCCACAUACCACCUAUGGCAGUGGCUAUAUUCUACGGGUCAUCGAAGCCGGGUUCAGUAGAACAAAUUUUGCGGCCUUUAGUAGAGUAAUUAAAUUUGCUGCUCGUGCAGGGUAUACGCCUUGGUGUACAGCAAACGCUGGUGAGGUUAAAAGUUUUGGCAUUUGUGGCAGAUUCACCUGCUCGUAGCUUUAUAAAAGGUAAGAAUAUAUUUUACAAAGUAUUUGUAAGAAUAUUUCUGAAUGAUGAAUAACUAAUUUGUUUUGUAUUUGUAUUUUUCCAGCGUGCGUUAGCUGCAACGCCGGAGAAGGGUGUAUGAAAUGUAAGGUUAACGGACGUCGCCAUCCGAGAUCAAGGGCCGUUACAUAUUCGGGAAUCAACCAUCCACCCCGCACGGACGCUGAGUUUAGGCAGGGAAUUUACGUUGGACAUAGAGUAGGCAAUUCACCACUCUUAGAUUUAGGAUGUUUUGAUAUAGUGAAGGACGUGUUAGUCGGUGAUAAACUUCACUUGAUAGAUCUAGGAGUUACUCGUAAACUAUUACAGGGAUGGGUGUAUGGCAUGAGGGGAGCAAUCAAAUGGUCCGAUCAAACUUUCUUGCGCAUUUCUAGUUUUUUGAAAAGCAUUACUCUUCCUUCUGAAGUGAAUCGCAAGCUACGUGGUUUAGAUGAUUUGAAAUAUUGGAAAGGAUCUGAGUUAAGCAGUUUUUUGCUUUAUGCCAGCAUUGUAGUCCUCAGAGGUAACAUAUCAGCUGAAGCAUAUCAGCAUUUUAUGUUAUAUUUUGUUGCAAUAACGCUGUUGUCUUCAAAUGUGUAUAAAGAUCUUUGGGACGAUGCUUCUGACAUGCUUAGCGAUUUCGUUUCGAAUUAUGAUGAAAUUUACGGAGAAGGUUUCAUUAGUAGUAACGUGCAUAAUCUGCUGCAUGUAACUGAAGAAGUUAAACGUUUUGGACCUCUUAAUACAAUGUCUACUUAUCCCUUUGAAAACGCUCUCCAACACAUGAAGGGUAUGCUUAGAAACGGACAUAGAUGCUUAGAGCAAACAGUGAACAGGUACUCUGAGUUCGAACAGUUAAACUUUCCUAAAAAGACACCGGCUAAUGAAACGACUUUGAAGGGAUCAGGUGACAAUGUUGUUGUAACCAUGCCGGACUUUAUUUUAAAAUCUAAUAAUCGCGACGGCUGGUUUCUUUCGCCAGAAAAAGAGGUAAUUAGAUUUUUUUCUGCAGAUAAAUCGUCCGGAACUAUAAAAAUUAUCGGUAGAAAGUUGAUUGAUCCGGAGGAAUAUUUCGAUGAUCCUGUGUCAUCAGGGGUGAUCAAUAUUUGUAAGGGUAAAAUUUCAAAUUUAUCUCCUAACUUAAUCGAAUAUGAACUAUCUGACAUCAAGGCUAAGAUGGUUGCCAUCAAAUUAGACAACGAGGGACAUACGAUGUUUGCCCCACUUGUUCACACGCUAAUAGAUUAGGUUUAGGCUAAGGUAGCUUUGGCAAAAUAAUUAUUUUUACUUCAUGUUUUGUAAUAAACAUUUUAUUAAUGAUUAAACAUUUAUUAAACAUUUCAAUUUAUGUCCUUUGAAAGAAAGUUCACAUUACAAAUAUGCUUUAAAUUCAAAUUUAAUUCAUGUUGUCUUUAAUAAUAUAUACGGUUGAUGUUUGUUCGCAUGUGAUUAUUUAGGUGGGGGUAAGUGUUCAGAUGGAGAAAAGGAGGAUUGUGGAUCAGGUUGAUUGUUUUCUAUGGCACGUUUCCUUGCAUUAAUCCGGUUGGUAAGAGUGAAUGGACGCGGACUUGAAGUUCGAAUGCGUUUGUAAUUCUUCAACCUUUGCUUCGCAUGGUAAAAU